AUGAGGUUGUACGUUGAAAGGUACAUACCUGGACGGGGUCAAUGGCCGAUCAGGAAUAGCCAUGGCCUAGACAUCGUGACUUCCCUUGCACUUUGGAAGGGUGCGCGUCUAAGCUGGCAAAAACCUAAUGUAUCUCUCACUCUCCGUCCAUUUCAACUCUCCGAUGUUGAUGAUUUCAUGCUUUGGGCAGCGGAUGAACGAGUCAUGAAGUUCAUUAGAUGGAACGUCGUUUUCACUUCCAAGGAACAGGCUUUGGAUUUCAUUAGGGAUGUUUGUAUUCCGCAUCGUUGGCGUCGGUGGCUAUCCGACGAUCCGUGUAAGAUGGAUGUUGGAUAUGCUGUGGCGAGAGACUAUUGGGGUCGAGGAAUUGCAACGAAGGCAUUGAGAAUGGCUGUUCCUGAGGUGUUCCGGAGUUUCCCUGAUGUGGUGAGAUUGCAAGCGUUUGUGGAUGUGGAGAAUAAGGCGUCUCAAAGAGUUAUUGAGAAAGUUGGGUUUCAGAAGGAGGGGACUUUGAGGAAAUAUCGCUAUAUUAAGGGUGAGAUUAAGGAUUUGAUUGUUUAUAGCUUUUUGUCUUCUGAUUUGUAGAUAACAAGGAGGAGGAUGAUUGAGUGGUUUUGCUUUGAUUUAUGAUCCCUUUUCCUUAUUAGACUAUUUGGUCAUGUUAGUCCUUGCAUCAAAUAUCAAACUGAAAAAUCCCUCUGUUUCAAGUUAAGGGCAGAAUUCAACUUUGAUUCAUUGUGUUUACAACUAUUUUCUUUUAGUUGUUUUGGCUUUCUGAUCUUUGCAGUAA